AGGAAAGGUCCCAAUCGCCGAGAAAACUCCCAACGACGGUGACGGGUUAAAGGAGGAAGACGACGACGACGAGGAGGACGAUGAGGAUGAGAUUCGAUUCAAAUGUUGAUGAUUGGGCCCCCCCUCCCCCCUUUGUGUAUGUUAUUAUCUGUCUUCUUUCUGCUCCUCACGUUUUGUUGGGCUUUCCUUUUUUACCUUUUUUACCCCUCUCUCUCUCUAGCCGACACAUCCUUUGGCGGGUUAAAGUUGACCCUUUUGACCUUUCGUUGUCCCAGAAACAUAAGAAAAAUGGAUGCUUUUGUUGAAGACGACGACAACGGUCUUGGGGAAGAAGAAGGGUUUAGUUUCUAUGACGAUGAUGUUGUUGAAGACGGUUUUGCUUCUGAUUUCUACAAGGCAGGUUCUGAUUGGUCGUGUUUGUUGGAAGGAGACGAAGAGACAGACAAGGUUACUCCCGAGAGUAAGAAGAUGAAACAAUCCAACUUGUUUGAGGUUUGGGGUUUACAGAAGUUUACUCCUCCUGAGAGUAAUAAGAAGAAGACAACGAAACAAACCGACUUGUUUCAGGUUUGGGGUUUGCAAAAGCCUUCUCCUUCCACUUCAUCUUCGUCCAAAAAGACGAGUACUGCUUCACGAAAGAGGGUUAGAGACUCUCCAUGGGCCAAUGACACGCCUCGGCAAUGCCCUUUUUACAAGAAACUUCCAGGAACACCGUUUACUGUUGAUGCCUUUCGCUAUGGUUGUGUUCAAGGCUGUUCUGCUUACUUCCUCACUCACUUUCACGCUGAUCAUUACAUUGGUCUCACUAAAGCUUGGUCUCACGGUCCCAUUUACUGCUCCUCCCUCACUAGUCGUCUUCUCAGACUUAGUCUCUCUGUUAACCCCUCGUUUAUCCAUCCGUUGGAGCUAGAUGUGGAGUACACUAUUAACGGGGUCAUAGUCACUUUAAUUGAAGCUAAUCAUUGCCCUGGUGCUGCCCUUAUUCACCUUCGUCUCUUGGAUGGAACAUGUUAUCUGCAUACUGGAGAUUUCAGAGCUUCUAAACAGAUGCAAACUCAUCCUCUCCUCUUUAACCGACGAGUUCAUGUGCUGUAUUUGGAUACAACCUAUUGCAAUCCCAGAUACAAAUUCCCCUCUAAAGAAGAUGUGUUAAGUUAUGUUGUGAGAAUCACAAAGGAGUUCCUGAGGAAGCAACCGAGGACUCUGAUUGUGGUUGGUUCUUAUAGCAUUGGAAAAGAAUGUGUUUAUCUAGCUAUUGCCAAAGCACUUGGGGUUAAGGUAUUUGCAAAUGCUUCAAGAAGACGGAUACUGGAAUCUUUUGGAUGGGAUGAUAUUUCAAAGAGUCUUUGCACAGAUGGGAAAGCCACAUGUCUUCAUGUUCUGCCUAUGUCAGCAUUGAAAUUUGAAAGACUAGAUGAACACUUGAAGGUUUAUAGAGAACAGUAUGGAGCAGUUUUGGCAUUUAGGCCCACAGGUGGAUUUUUUUCAUUUGCCUUGCAGUUUUUGAUUAAACCAUUGGUUACGAAAAGUGAAGUUUGGUUUUCAGGUUGGACAUACUCCGAGAAGGUAGGUGAACACCUUGAUAUGAUAAGGCCAACUUCUAGGGGGAAAGUUACUAUUUAUGGGGUUCCAUAUAGUGAGCAUUCAAGCUUCACAGAACUUCGUGAGUUUGUUCAAUUUUUAAGGCCAGAUAAGAUUAUUCCUACAGUGAAUAUCUCUAAUGCUGAGAGCCGCGAGAAAAUGCAGUCAUGUUUCAGAGAAUGGCUCAGACGCUGAGAUUCAACUUUAGGUUGAUGGAUGAUUGCUUCCUAUUGUUAUGUAUUUCUCACUGAAGCUUGUAGAGAUGCUUGAUGCUUCCGUAACAUCAUUAUUGCAACUGUAGAGUUGAAGUGCUGUCUUGAUUAUUCUCUUGUAAUCUUGUAUAUCUUCAACUGUGUAAUUCUUUUAGUUAUGAUGAUUGGUAAAGAAAAGGUUUUAGCGGAACAAAUCUUUCUAUAUGUUACAGUUACUUCUUUA